AUGGGAAUGACACCCAGGCAUUUCGAUAAGAGAGAGCUUAAAAAUAACUAUAGAAGAUUAUCUAGGAUAAAUCACCCAGAUAAAAACCCAGAUCCUAACGCAGUUGAAAUGUUCAGAUAACUUACUCUAGCCAAUGAAAUACUGCAAAGCAGUGAGAAGAAAAUUGCUUAUGAUAUCUUUUCUCAGACUGAUUUCACCGCAGAGGAGAGAAUCAUUGAUCAACUAAGAGCAAAUUUUAAGGAUGAAGCGUAGAGAGCAGAGCAGUUUAGAUUAUAUCAAACAUCAGUAAAAUCCAUCUCAUUAAUGAUUGAUGUUGUACCUGCUUAUAUUACUUGGGCUGUCCUGACUUUGAUAUUCCUCAAAGAUGAUGUAACUUUAACCUUGUCUGAAUAUUAUAGAGGAAAAAAGCAAAGCUAAUAUUAUUUCUGGUUCUAAUUGGAAUGGGUGGAUUUGAAGGAAUAGCUAGAUUUAACUAUGGUGCGCCUGAAUAUUCUCAAGUAUUCGAGCCAUUUAUGCUAACGUUUCCAGAAACCUUUACGAUGGAUUGUUGUCUUGCUACUUGACUAUACUUUGGAUAGAGUUGAUCCUUUUGCUUAAAAAGAAGAUAAAGAUUAGGUGUACACUAAUAUCCUUAAAAGGUAAUAAAAAAUCAUCUAAAUCGUAGAGGAAUUUAAGGAAAAAGAGGAUAAGACUAUGGAUGAUUUUAAGGAUAUCUAUAGCGAGCUAUUAUCAAUGGCUAGCAAAGAGGGCAAUGAUUUUAUACCCGCUGUUUAGGAAUUAGCUGAAGAAGGUGAAUAGUUUAGUGCUGUCAAGUUUGUCAGAUUAAUCUUUGGAGUACUUAUGAUCGUUUCAUUAGGGUAGAUGCUAUUAUUUGGAUCCUCUCCUUCAGAACCCCCUAAACAAUGA